AUGCGCGGCUCGCGCGCGGCGACGCCGACGAUCAAGGACCUGGUGCUCGUCGGAGGCGGUCACGCGCACGUGUACGUGCUGAAAUCGCUCGCGAUGACGCCGAUGCCGGGAGUGCGGGUGACGCUGAUCGCGAAAGACCUGCACACGCCGUACUCGGGCAUGCUGCCGGGCGCCGUCGCGGGACACUACGAAGACGACGAGACGCGCGUGGAUUUAGAACCGCUGUGCCGGAACGGAGGAUUCAGAAUCGUGCACGAUGAAGCGAUCGGGAUCGAUCACGACGAUGGGCGAGUGAUCGUGAAGAGUGGGAGGCCGGGGGUGCGAUUCGACGUGGCGAGCGUUGACGUGGGCAUCGCGCCGCGCGCGGGCGACGUGCGAGGCGCGGAGGCGUUCGCGACGCCGGUGAAGCCGAUAUGUGGGUUUAACGCGCGAUGGGAGGCAAUGCUGCGACGCGUGAUUGAAUCGGGGAAGCAUUGCGAGGUUGUGAUCGUCGGAGGAGGCGCUGGGGGCGCCGAACUCGCGCUUUCGAUGCGACAUCGCACGCGAGAGGAGUUGAAACGGCGCGGCAUGGAUGAAAACUUGGCCAAGUUCACGCUCGUGACGCGCGGGACGUUGAUGCCGUCGCACGCUAAGCGGGUGCGCAAGACGUUUCUAAAUAUUUUCGCCGAGUCGGGGGUGGACGUCAUCGAAGGCGACGGCGUGGUUACCGCCGAGCAAGGGAAAUUGACGCUCGAGAGCGGUCGCGUCGUCUCCGCCGACGAGUGCAUUUGGUGCACGCAAGCGGGCGCGGCCAAAUGGUUGCGCGAGUCCACGAACUUGGCGUUGGACGCAAACGGUUUCAUCGAAGUCAAUCCCACGCUCGAGUCGACGUCGCACAAGAACAUCUUCGCCGCCGGGGACGUUGCAAACGUGCUGAAACAUCCGCGACCAAAGGCGGGAGUCUUCGCGGUGCGUCAAGGGCCUCCGUUGGACAAGAACCUACGUCGUGCGUUGCUGGGGGAACCUUUAGUCGAUUUCACCCCGCAAAAAUUAUUUUUGGGUUUAAUCACCACCGGCGGUAAGUCUGCGGUGUUGUCUUACGGCAACCUCGCCCUCGGCGGUCUCGGCCCCGUGGGCGAGCGCCUGUGGCGAUGGAAGGACAAAAUUGACCGUAAAUGGAUGAAAAUGUAUCAAGAGAUACCAGAAAUGAAGGAAGCGGAGGUCGAGCAACCCGCAGUGGCGCUCGCCGCGGGCUCAGAUACCAUGGCCGCCAUUCGCGCGGUGCCGAUGCGAUGUGGUGGCUGUGGCGCCAAGGUGGGCGCCACGACGCUGUCGCGCGUGAUGAAGCGCCUCGAGCCGAUUCCGACGAACCCGAACGUCGAGGUUGGAAUCGAUCAACCCGACGACGCUGCCGUAGUUUCUGUGCCCGACGGCAUGGUUGGCGUGCAGACCGUGGACUAUUUCCGCGCUUUCGUGGACGACCCUUACAUUUUCGGCCAAAUUGCCGCCGUGCACGCGCUCGGAGACUGCUGGGCCAUGGGUGCCGACCCGCACGCCGCGCUUGCAAUCGCGACGGUGCCGUACGGAUUGGAAUCGCAAGUGGAGGAGACGUUGUAUCAAAUGAUGGCGGGUGCGUGCGAUAUUUUACGCGACGCUGGAUGUGGAUUGGCCGGCGGUCACAGUUCCGAGGGCGCUGAGUUAUCGCUGGGAUUCUCCGUGCACGGCGCCGCACCGCGGGAAAAGUUGAUGAAGAAGGGCGGCAUGCGAGCCGGUCACAAAAUCAUCAUCACCAAGCCCAUCGGCACCGGCACGCUAUUCGCGGCGGACAUGCGAUCAAAAGCGCAGGGACGGUGGGUGUCCAAUGCCUUGGAUUCUAUGAGACAGCCCAGCGCGGUCGCCGCUCGAACCUUGUUUGAACACGGCGCCACGGCGUGCACCGACGUCACGGGAUUCGGCGUGCUCGGUCACCUGGUGGAGAUGUGCAAAGGAAGCAGCGCCGCGUGCGUGCUCGACAUGGACGCCCUCCCAGUGCUUCCUGGGGCGUUAGAGUGCGUCGAAAUCGGCAUUACGAGCUCGCUUCAGCCGGCCAAUGUGCGCUUGGCGCGUGCCAUCGCAAAUCCAGCCGCCGUAUCCGGCGCCGCGCGUUACCCUCUUCUCUUUGAUCCGCAAACCGCGGGCGGGAUGUUAGCCUCCCUCCCGAGCGCCAGCGCCGACGCCGCGGUCGAAGCGCUAAAACGCGCUGGUUACGAGCACACCACCAUCAUCGGCGAAGUCCUGGAAUUCUUACCCAAGUGCGCGUCUGCGCCCGAACAAGUCGUCUUCGUUGCCUCGAGCGACGUCCCGUUCGACGGCGUCGGCACCGAGCGACCAAGCGUCGUCCAAGCGUGCGGUGCCGAGGCGUGUAAUCUCUAG